AUGGGACGCCGGUGGGACCGAUGUCUCGAUGCGACCCUGUGCUUCGCCACCUACUGCAAAUGCGUAACGGAGACCCUCAUCCGCUAUGUGGGGCCGUUCUUCGUGGUCAUCGCCCUCACCCUCAUCUUGGGCGGCAUCUACGUCUUCUUCGCAGCCAUUUUCCCCUAUCAAGUGCCCAACCCCUACACGCUCUACGGCGCCAUCCAUUUGGCAUGGUGUGCCUUCUUGUUUCAAGGCCUCAUGUUCAACUACCUCCUCACUAUCAUCACCCCUGCUGGCGCCCCGCCUCCUCCCACGGACCUGAGCGCCGAAAGGCUGGCCCAGCUUGAGAGCGAGCGGGCACCCCGACGCGGCGAAGGCUUCAGCCGUUGGUGCAAGAAGUGUGCGCAAUCCCAGAGUCGCACCGCGUGGGUGAGCAACUGCGUGGGUCACUUCAACCAUCGCUACUUUGUGCUGUUCCUGCUCUAUCUCUUCAUGGUGUGCGCUUACGGCGCGCUCAUGUCCUACAGUCCCUUCAUGGACUCGCACCGCUUCUCAGUGCCGUGGGUUGGACUCUCGGCGCGAGGGACGAUCGUGUUCAUCUUCGUGUUGUCGGUGGCUGUGGGACUCGCGGUCGGGCUGAUGCUGGCCUGGCACCUCUACCUCGUGCUCACCGGCCAGACGACGAUCGAGUUCUACUUCAAUCGGUACCGCAUGCAGAUGGCCAAGGAGCGUGGCGAGACCUACUACAACGAGUUCGACCUCGGCUACCGACGCAACUGGGACUUCUUCUUCGGCAAGGGCAAGUUUUGGUUUUCUUGGCUGCUGCCCACUUUCACGCCGCCACCGGGCGACGGCAUCACCUACCCCACACGCACCGACGGCAAGACCAACUCCAGAGCCAUGCGAAACUACGCACUGGUGUAG